CGAGGUUCCCGCUUCCCCAGACCAAAUCGAAUGAUCCGACGCAGCCGAGCAAUCCUCUGACGAUUCUGGAGUUCAUGAAUUCCAACAUCUACCUUGAGCGUGACAUCACAACCGAAUACGACAGCGUCGUCCUGGUCGCGACGGGGUCCGAUCCGAAAACCUGGGGAGCCGCCGAGAAACUCGGUCCAGCCUUCGAGCCGUUCAAACGGCUAGACAAAUCAUUCGGAAAAGACGUGACGCUCACGGUACAAGAUGACGUCAUCGUGGUUUACUCGCCAACCGGCGACAUGAAGCGUGACUACGACGACGUCAGAAGCUUCAUGGAAGCCGCAGAGAAAGGCGUGAAACGUGCUUUGAACUCAGGCUCCCGGAAGCCUCUCGUGGCUCUGCCGACGGAAUUCGUACCAUUCGACGGAUUCAAUGUCGACUCGAGCGUUGUUCUUGGCGCUUUGAAAUCCCUCUACGUAUCCCUCCAAUCGAGAGAGUUCGCUCCUCAGAACGCAUCCAAGGUAGAGCGCAUCGGAUUUCUGAACUUCAAUGGCGACGAUGAUCGCAUGACCUACAUUCUGAGUCUCGAGGCGGGCCAGGUUGUCUUCCGAGACAUCAUCCUUGCCGAUCCGGAACGCAUGACGCCGAAGAAGGUGGAGGAGUAUAUAAAUAUGCUCUUCAGUCCCGCGCAUGCCAGUCCCGUGAGCGUGAAGGUAAUCUCCGGAAAAAGCGUCCUCGAAAAAAGCUACCCCUGUCUGGCUGCAGUGGACAGGUGCGCGGAACAGGUUGAGCGACAUGCCGGUCGAGUGAUUUUGUUGGAGUACUCGGAUGGAAACCCAGAGAAAGUCCUCGGUUUCGUGGGCAAAGGGAUCACUUUCGAUGCCGGCGGUGUCAAUCUCAAAACCGGUUCCAGCAUCGCCGGAAUGAGCCGCGACAAAGGCGGAGCCGCCGCCGUCGCUGGAAUUUUCCAAUCGUUGGCGAUUAAUAGACCGAAGAACAUCCGCGUUCUUGGGGCGCUCUGCCUUGUGAGGAACUCGAUCGGGGCGGAUGCUUAUAUGAUUGACGAAGUCAUCGUAUCGCGGGCCGGUCAGCGAAUUCGAGUCACGAACACCGACGCAGAGGGGCGGUUCGCGAUGGUCGAUGCACUUGCCGAGAUGAAGGAGCGCGUUCUGCAGGAGAAGUUGGAAAACAAAACUCACCUGUACACCAUAGCCACGCUCACCGGAGCGGCUUCGGCAGCUGUUGGACCACCCUAUUCCGUUGCGGUGGACAACGGUGUUGCGAGGAGAAGAAAUAACUCGAUGGACUUGCAGAGAGCGGGAGAGCAGCUCGGCGAUAUGAUUGAGAUUGGUCGUCUACGUCGAGAGGAUUUCAAGGCGGUCAAUUCGAAGACUCCGGAUGACGAUCUCCUUCAGACGAGCGCAAGUCGUCACAGAGGAUUCCAGUACCCCGUGGCGUUCCUGAUGAGGGGCUCCGGUUUGGACAAGUAUGACUCCGAUUCUUCGCGUCCUAUCGCCUACACUCACCUGGAUAUCGCACCGGCAGCAGCGAAUUUCCCCGAUGCUCCAAAUUACGCAGCGAUGAAUGCUAUCAAUUACAGAUAUUUCUAUGAACCAAAUAAAUAUAGCUAUAUAUAG